ACACCUUAAUCAAUAUAUAAAAGUAAAAACGGUGAAACAGCUUCAUUUGUUAUUGGAGCUACAAUCUGCAAACAAUGCACGGAGUACUUCUUACCACAGGUCUAUGCCUGCUUUUGGCUACUACAGCCUCUUCCACUAGGAUGGUCUGUGUCUAUGACAGAGUGGCAUCCACCAGACCCUCCGUCGGCCGGGUCACCCCGGCUAUGAUUGAUCCAACUCUCUGCACUCACAUCAUCUUUUCUUCUGCAAACAUUGAGACACAAGAAGUUGUACCUUUUGACUCCAAUGACACCGCUCUCUAUGCACAACUGAACAGCCUGAAAAACAGGAAUCCACAGCUUAAAACUCUGCUGUCUGUAGGCGGCCCAGGCUUCAACAAUCAAAGGUUUUCUGCAGCAGUCGCAUCAGCCAAUAACAGAAAAAAAUUUAUCACUUCAGCCAAGGCUCUAAUUAAAAACAAUGGGUUUAAUGGGAUUAAUCUGGAUUGGCGUCAUCCUGGAGAUGCAGAUAGCCAGCCAAUGGACCCAACCAGAUUCCUAACUCUUUGUCAGGAGCUCAGAGCUGAAUUUGAUAAAGAGGUUCCAGCUCUGCUCGUCUCUGCCAGUGUGUCUGCAGAAAGAGCAACGAUUGACAGCAGUUAUCCCAACACCAGUGCUUUGGCCUCUGCAAUGGAUUUCAUCAAUGUUUUAACGUUCAACUUUCACAAUCCAUCAGAAUCAAACACAGCACAUCACAGUCCUUUGGGGGCAUUAUCCUCAAACCCUUCAGAUACUCUGACCACGGAAUUUGCAAUGAACUACUGGAACACGACUCUUGGUGUCCGAGCAGAUAAACUAAACGUGGGAUUUGCUGCUUUUGGAGUCGCCUUCAGACUGGCUAAUGCUAAUGAUAAUGGAGUUGGUGCAUUUACCAGCAUUGUGGCUCCAGAAGAGGGAUGCUACACGGGUCAGCCGGGUGUUUGGUCAUAUUAUGAGACUUGCGCCUACGUUGUGGGUGGUAUUACGCGCAGGAUUCCGAGUCAGAGUGUUCCUUAUACGGUCACAGAAGGGCAUUGGGUUGGAUAUGAUGAUCAUCUCAGUAUUGACGCUAAGACUGCACACAUUGGCACUAGGGGCUAUGGAGGAGCGUUUGUGUGGGCUCUGGACCUGGAUGACUACAGUGGAGGUUAUUGUAAGCAAGGCACUUUCCCCUUCACGAGAUACCUGAAAAGGAAACUUCCAGCCUUGACCGACAACACCACCACCACGACUAUACCACUACAAGCAACGGUUCAGGAAACUUCUGCGAUGGCAGAAGUGGGAUCCACGCCAACCCAGAGGACAAUACCACCUUUUAUAACUGUGAUUUUGGCAGAGGCAUUCUGCUGAGAUGUCCUGCAGGUCUGGUCUACAAAACAUCCUGCAUUUGCUGUGACAGACCCUAACACAAUCCAAUGGAAAUAUACUGGUCACAUUUAAACAGUGAUUUCUCACAUUAAGUGGGUCGGGAUUGUUCUGUUUCUAGUUUAUUGGUUAUAAUAUAAAAUAUCAUAUUUUAACUUCUUUACCUGAUCACAAAAUGUUUUAAAAUUAUAUCAGUGCAAUAUAUUUUGUAAUAAGUUGAAAUUUUAAUAAAAUGACACUAAAUC